AUGAACAACACAUCGGAAUACGGAGAUGAAGAUUGGAAACAAAUUUACAUGUUAUUAACUCGUUAUUCACGAUGGCGUUGGCGUCGUGGACUCGAAAGAAACACCGACGUUGAGAAGGAGAUGAGAAAAAUGAUGAUGAGGACGGAUUUGAACAACGGAGAGGAUGAGGACGACCAUGAGGCAACUGCGACACCACAAAUUAUGAUGUUUAACAAUCCUGUUUAUUUCUCUCCAUUGAUUCAUAAUCAUCAUUUUAAAGCAAUGAUUAUCGGAGAUAAGAAAGUUGGUAAAAGCAGCGUCAUGCUUCGAUUAUUAACUAGACAAUCACCUAAGAGAGACAUGAUCAAAAAAUUAAUUAGCACUGACCACAUGUCACAUUUUUCUGCGCUUAUUCAAAACGUUCAUGAAGAAAAUCACGCCAUCCAAUUACAAAUUUAUGAUUCAAAUAUUGUAGACAUUGGGAGCUAUGUAAAAGUCUGUCGAAUGUAUGGCAUUUUCACACAUUGUGCGAUUAUUGUUUUCAAUGUGAGAAGCAAACGAUCCUAUUUUAAUUCUAUUAACAAAUGGUUGCCAAUGAUUAGAAAACGUAAUCCAACUCUUCCCAUUUUCCUUGUUGCUAACAAGUGUGAUAAUUUCCAAAAAUAUCAUGGUUCUACUCGUUUUGACAUCAAAACACCAUUAGAAAACGUUUCCGAUUCGAAACGAGAUGUCACAAGAGAAGAGGCAGAAGCAAUGGCUCGUGAAAAGAAUAUUAUUUAUAGAGAAGUGAGUGCAGCUACUGGAGAAGGAAUUGAUGAAUUAUGUGCUGACAUUAUUAACACCAUUUAUUGCAAAAUUGUUCAAGUGGUUACAAAGGAUAUUUUGGAUCAAGUGAAUGACAUUUGUGAAAAACUCACUCAGAAAUAUAAUGUAGUAUUUAAACAACGAGUGGUGGAAAUUCCAAAAUUCAUUCCUCCUGUCAAUGAUAGAGAUUAUUAUGAAAAGUUUACUGAAAGUGAAGUUUCUGGUGGCGAAGAUUCAGAACGUGAUGAAUACGAUCAAGAAGAUGAAUAUGAAGAAUUCAACAAGUAUGGAACAAACCAUGCGUACAAUCGUGACCAUGAAUUUGAAGAAGAAUCAGGUGCUCACAUGCAUGUCUCUAAAUUAACACAAACAGAGGAAGAAAAUGAAAUGAAAGGAGUUGUGAAUAUCAUCAAGAAACACAAAUUAGGCAGAAAGGAACAAAAUUCUCCACAAAAUGAUGAUGCUAGUAGUAAUAGCAGUAUUAGUGAUAUGGAAGAGGACGAAAAGAUGAAACAAUUGGUCGAAAAGAGUUUUGCAGAGGCUGAUCAAGAAUUACCCUAUUUUAGAAUCAAUACUUCAUCUCAAGAUAAGAGAAAUUCGAAAUAUUAUGCGAAUACCAAAGCAUUGAUGGGUGGUUUGACUGAGGAUAAUAUUAAGGAAAUUGAAAAGGUGAUACAAAAGUCACAUGUCAGUGUUGAUGGGAAAGCCACAACCUCAUCCAACGUGCAACAAGAGAAUUCAACUGCUGAAACUUCAACAAAUGAGACUGCUCCUGGCCAAGAAGGAACCAAUGUUAGUAACUCAGAAGAUCCCAACAAGAAGUGCUUGGUUCAAUGA